AUGCAGUAUCAGUCAAAUAUGCCACUGAUCAAUCCAUUUGAUCCGCAAGCCCCACUACCUGCACUCGGCACCAAUCCGAAUCCAUUGUCGUUAGCUGGUGUCCCUAUCCCUAGUUUCCAGGAAAUGUUGAAUGGUCCUGAUGCUAAGCAGAAUGCGCAGCAGUUGAGCGAGUACAUGCGUAAGCGCUUUGCAGCCCAAACAGCGGUGUAUGAAAAUCUUCCGCAACGGUUUGAUACCGCAAUUAAUGCCGUCCACGUCAGCGCCGAGUACUCAGCAACAGGAGCUGGUUCGGAAAGAUCUGCCUACUCGGUGGGCCGAACAGUUUCUAAUCAAAUACUCCGACGUGCUCUUCCUGCUGUGGCGCAGUCUGUAGGUAUCAGUGCUGUCACCUCCCAGAUGCCACUUUCGCAAGUUCCUGCACCAGCCCCUGGGUUGAUACUGACGCCUGGCCAGUACAAUACUCAACCUCCAUACUCGUAA